UAUUAAGAUUAGAUGUAACCAUCAUCCAAAAAAAAGUUUGGUGUACCUAAUUUUAAAAACUGAAGUUCAUCUCCAAGUUUAAUGAAUGUUAACGCCUAGAUUUCACAGAUGGCAGCACAUUCCUUUACUAUCAAAGAUAGAGAAUGUUACUUUUUGUAAGCAAGCUAAAAAGACACCAUUUUUUUUUCAACCUCAGUAUAAUCUUUGUUAUAUAAUUUAAACACCAAAUGCUAUUUGUAUUAUUACAUUUAUUUUCAUGGAAGAAACAACUUAUAGACUGAUUCCAUUUAAUCACACCAUAUUUAAAAGAAAACUUGAAUCAAUAUAUUUCAAAGACACUUGCCCCAACAGCAAAGAAUAAAAUGUGUUCAGUCAGAGCUGUGAUGUAUCGCCUGUUCCUGUAGUACUUCCUGUAGCAGUUACAUCACUGCUUCUUCCUCCUGCUUAUUGUGAGGAACCAGUGUGAUCUCUCAGACCUCCUCUGCUGACUCCUACAUCAUGCAGCUCACCUCAAAGACAAAGGGCAAACUUAUAAGAAGAAAAAAAAAGUAUAGUUAUAUGGUACACUGUGCUGAGUUUAGAAAGAACGCUGGUGAUGUGCAGAAAACAAUGCCAACAUUUCUGAGCACGCUGUUCUGUUUCCAAGUUCUGAUAUGUGUGACAAUGAAGAGCAAGGCUGAAAGUGUUUUUACUGGAACAGAAGGAGGCAGUGUGGAUAUCUCCUGUAAAUACGCUGAUGGAUAUCAGUAUACACCCAUGUACUUCUGUCGUGAUCCAUGCACUUCUUCUACUCAUGUCUUAAUUCGAUCUGAGACAGCUGAUAUGGUCGACUCUAAGGGAAGAUACACUGCACUAAACACUGUCUCUAAACGUUGCUUUUCUGUCACCAUCAGACACCUCACAUUAAAGGACUCUGGAGUUUAUUACUGUGGAGUGGACAAAUGGGGCUUUGACGAGUUGACUAAAGUAAAGCUUACUGUCAGUAAAGCUGUUCCUACUGUGUCCACUCAUGCUCCAGUCUCAAGAGUGAAUCAAAGCCCUGAGGCUACAGAACAACCCGAUGCCUCCACAAUGAUAACAGCUACUGCAGUUCCUACUGAGUCAACUCGUGAUCCAGUGUCGAGGCAGAAUCAAAGCUCUCACAGUGAUACCAAGUACUGCAUGUAGGACCUAAAUGCCUAUUUGCUACACUCCAACUAGUAAACUCCUCAUUAUGUUUCUGUUAACCUAUUAGCAACAUCAGUAAAAUAAUUAUUGGAUUAAUAAUUAGAUGCAAAUUCAAUCCUUGUAUGGAACAUUUAGAUCCUUUUCUUGGAAAAUUAGGGAGUACACAAUAAUUUCUUAUAAAACGUGCAACAUAGAUAUUUCUUUCAUAAUACUACUUCAUAUGAAAAGCCAUCAUCCAAAAGUCAGACUAAACAUUCUUUAGCCCCACAUGUUUUUCCUUUAAUGAUAGCUCUGUUCUGUUUCUUAUUUUCCAAUAUUGUCUAAUCACUUGCAUUUAAAUGAUAUAUUUAAUUGCCUGCUUAUGAUCAAAGAGGAUUCUUGAAUAAGUAAAUUAUUAAAAAUGAAAAUGGUUUACAUUACUCUGUUGAUCUUACCUGAAAACCUGUGUUCAUUUACUGCCAACUGCUUCUAAGGGUUCCGAAAUUGUGAGUAAAUAUUUCUGGAUUGGAUCUAAGAAAGUGAUUGAACUGUGAGAAGCUCCAUGGUGAAAUGGUGCAUUCAUCUUGAAUAAAAAACA